AUGAUUGCUUUGACAGCAUGGCUAUUGUGUUUUGCUGGUAGUAAGGACAGUGUCAGUGACUCGAUUAUGCUGCGACACACGACUGUCAAGGCGCGUAGUGCGGUUGAUGGAUCUUUUGUGUGCAACACGUCGCUGGUCGAGUGCCAGGGAGUCGUCAUGAGCUCAGUGGUCCGACUGAAAACGGUAGUUGCUACAGGGGAGACAAUAUCUACGUGUGGCCUUCCGUCGGUUUCAUCGUCAGCGCUGUCGGUCGCCACGAUAUGUUGA